UUCCCUUGUUGAAGCGUAGCUUGACUUGUAGAUUAUUAGGAUGUUUUAAAAAAGGUUGUAACUAGUAAGCUUUCAAGUAGUUUCAUCCAUUAUAUCAUUUAACCAUCGACAUUUCUUUAAUCAUCAACAUUUUUGAAACUUGUUCUCCUAGGGAGUAUGAAUCAUCCUCACUUGGGGAUUCAACAUUGAGCCAUUGGGUGUAUAAACAAAAAUGACUUUUUGGGGGAUUGAGUUAAAAGAAGGAAAACUUGUAACUCAAAAAUUUCCCAAAGCAAAAGGAAGAUUACGUAUUACAAAGGCUUGUCUUGGACAUGAUUCUUUUCCUAAUACAACCGCUAGGAUUCUUAUAGAGUGCAGUGUACAAGGUAAAAUUGAAGCUCCAACUGUGUUAUGCAGUUUAGAAAAGCCAGGCAAGAGAAACAUGUGCGCUUUGGAUAUAGAAUUUGGAGAAGAUGAUGGGGAAGUUCGCUUUUCUGUUUCUGGUUGCAAAUUCAAGGAAAUUGUUCAUCUAACUGGUUAUUUUAUCGAAGAAUGAAGUUGCACUUGCACUAGUAUGAAGAAUCUUUCGGCAUAUGGAGAUUUUACGAUGAGCUUGUUUGAAAUGUAUGGUGUUAAAUUAUAUUACUAUUACUUUUUAAAAAUUUACCGUCAUUUUGUUUCUUCUUGUACCAUGCAGCCAUGAUAAAAGUUGGGUUGGUUUGUUUUACA